AUGGACGACGCCGGCAUCGGGGGUGCGUUAAUUGUGCAGCCCAUCAACUACAAGUUUGACCACUCGUACGUGUUGGACGCCAUGAGCAAGUGGCCGGGCAAGUUUAAGGGGAUGUGCCUGGCAAACCCAAACUUGAGCCCCCACGAUGCAUGUGCUGAGCUGGAACGCCUGCAUGACCAGGGUUUUUGUGGCGUGAGGUUCAAUCCCUACCUUUGGCCGGAAGGAGGCGAGGGCAUGAAGGAUGACACAGGCGUGGCACUCUUUCGAAAGGCGGGCGAGUUAGGCCUUCCCGUCGGCGUGAUGUGCUUCAAGGGGUUCGGACGUCACGUUGAAGAGAUUGAGGCGUUGCUGCUCUCAUCACCGCAAACCAAGCUGGUGGUGGAUCACUUUGGGUUCUUCCUGCAGGAUGGAGAGAUCGACGAGACGGCAUGGAAGCAAGUGCUAGCAUUGUCCAAGUAUCCAUCAGUAUUCAUAAAGACCAGCGCUCUGUUUCGGGUCGCCAAGGACCCUUAUCCGUACGAGAGUCUUAAACCUCGAUUCGCAGCGUUGAUCGAGCACUUCGGCUCGAAUAGGCUUUUGUGGGGAAGCGACUUCCCCUUCGUCUCGGACGGGCAGUGCGGGUACGGCCCGGCAAAAGACGUUGUGUGCGAUGCCAUGGGCCUCAAAGAGGAGGAUGUGCACAAUAUCACCGGCGGCACGGCACAAGCACUCUUUGGCUCUUGGGCGGAUGACGCAUAGCGCUAGACUGCUUUAUUUUGAUGUUUUUUCGGACGCAGUUCAGUAUAUAUGGUAGGUGGCAACACGCUUCUUUUAUUUUUCAGUUUUGGAGGGUUUCUAUCGUGCUUCCUUGCAGCCGGUGCUGUCGCGGUAUCCUCACCGCUUGCAUUCGGGGCUGGGUGAUUGUUCUGGAGAGGUACUCGAAGCAAUGCUAGGCAUGAGGCUAAAUGCGAGGUUCUUUCCUACCGUCGCGCCGGUUGAUAUGUAUUUCACGUGAAAUAUUGCCCACAAGUGACAUCACAAUG